AUGGAUUCGCCAGUUGCCAUAGAGAAUGGCUAUAAGAAGUGUAUGAGUUGGAGAUGGGGGAUUCCAAACCUUAUUCCUUUUCUUAUCCCUCCCAACAAAAAAAAAUUCUUAAGAAAUUAUAAUUCUCUAUUACAAGAAGAAGAUAUGGCUAGCCUUUCAGAAGAAAUGGAGAUCGAAGUCUUAUCUCGUUUACCCGUAAAAAGUCUAUUGCGGUUCCAGACAAUCUGCAAACCCAUGUAUAGACUUAUCAGAGACCCUGCAUUCGUAAAGAAGCAUAUUGAACAUGCGAUACAAAAUGGCACGUCGACUUUUCUGAUGUUUCAGUAUUUCAUGCCUACAAGGAUGGAAAUGAAUGGAUUUUACUCUAUCGAUCAUACUUCGCUAUCAUCACAACUAUUAUCAUCAAUAAGAGGUAACCCUCUUCGUGAUUCUACUGAGAUGGCUUACCCCGUAGUUCCUCCAGAUUAUCUUAAACUUUUGGGUUCUUGUUAUGGUUUAGUGUGUUUACGCACUACUGAACCUGGUAACGAGGAUUCCAUUUGCCUUGGGAAUCCGUCGACCAAGGAGUACAAAAAGCUUCCUGAUUCGCCAAACCACUUCAGUAGCUCUACUGAGGGCAUCGAGAUUGGGUUGUGCGGGCUUGGCUAUGAUGAUAAAGCUAAUGAUUUCAAAGUCAUAAGAGUCGCUGAAAUUGAUUCUCGUGCUGAUUGUUUUGAUGAUUCUAGUAAUUGGUCUGAAACCGAGAUCCGUACAAUCAGACCGCGUUCUGGUCAUGUUGAGGUCUCUACGAGAAGAUCACAGUCUGUUUUUGAGAUCUACUCACUGAGAUCUAAUUCGUGGAAAGGAUUGAAAACAACGCCAUACUAUUUUCCUGGUGAAUUAAAACCUGGGGUGAUGGUGAAUGGAUUUAUGCACUGGUGGGCUAUUAAUCGGAUUGCUGGCUAUGAAGCCAUAAUCUAUUUCGAUCUUAGCGACGAGAUAUUCAAAGAGGUGGCAGUACUAGAAGGACCCAUGUUACAUGAUGGAGAAGUUGCUGAUAGUGAGUAUGAAAAUAAUAACGUGGGUGUGCUAGGAGGGUGCUUGUGUGUCCUUCAUAAAACCUUCGAUCGAGUUGAUGUGUGGGUAAUGCAGGAGUAUGGAGUAAAAGAAUCGUGGACGAAACGCUUCACAACUACCGAAGAUUCUAUUAUUGAAACCAGUACCUUGAGAGUAAUUUCUGACUUUCAGGAUGGGAGCAUUCUUUUCAGUACCGAUGAUUCGUUGGUUUAUUAUGACCCGAACCGCAAAAGAGGUACUAGGAAAUUAAGGAUUCCUGGUACUGGCCGUUUAAAGGGUGCCGAAAAGUGUAUAGGUAGCCUAGUAUCACUUGGAUCUGGCACGUAUUGUUAG